AGUAAAUUCAAAAUAUCCGAGGCAGAAAUUUGAGACCAAUUUUUAAAGAAAAAAAAUCGUUCAAAAAACAUGUUGUCUUCAAAGUUGUCUGUAUUGCUUUUCAUAGGAAUAUCCACGCUUUUAAUUGCCAACGUUCAUGGAGGCAAAGGGAAAGGUUUGGGACUGUCCAAACUUGUAUUACCUUCAGAUGAGACAAUUAAUGCACGCCACGGUUUUAAACCUGCAUCCCAAGAAGAUAAACACUUUAUGAAGGAAGUUUAUCAUAGUGUUACCAAUUUAGAUGGUUCGGUCCUUGACGCUCCCAAAGUAGAGAAGAAGAAGAAGAAGAAGAAGACGUCAAUGACGUCUAAAAUUUUAUUUGGAGAAAGUGCGGAAGAGAAUAUUGAACGACAAGCUUUUAAGGAUCCAGUGACUCCACAAGCUUUACAACAGUUGACAAAAUUAUAUCAAGUUGUCAGCGAUGGCGUUGUGGUACCAGACAGAUUAGAUCAUUGGACUCUACCAUAUGGAGUGGUAAAACCAGAUGCACCGAAACCUUCAAAUGAUGAAGCGCUUUCUGAUAUACCGGAAAACCAUUAAAAUCAUUAUCGAAAAUUAUGAUCUUUUCAUUUUUUCAUCGCAUAAUGAAAAUUAAUAAAAUAUUCUUUUGACAGAAACCAAACUAUAAAUAAAGCAAACUCCAAGUUAUUAUAUGUAAA